GGAAGAGGAGGAGGAGGAGGGAUGAGGCGCGCGGCGGAGGGGAAAUGGCUGCCGAAAACAAGCCGGAAGGACUGAAGAAGAUAAGGAAUCCAGAGCGAAUGGUCAGGAUCGCUGUUGGUUACACGGGACACACCCCUCCCAAGAGUGAUGACACCGACGCCAACAGUGAGCCAGGCCAGUUGAAAAUCUACCUUCCCAAGAAGCUCCUGGAGUGUCUGCCCAAAUGUUCCUCUCUGCCCAAGGAGCGCCAUCGCUGGAACACUAACGAGGAGAUUGCUGCCUAUCUCAUCACUUUUGAGAAACACGAUGAGUGGCUGACGACAUCCCCAAAGACCAGGCCUCAAAAUGGCUCCAUGAUCCUCUACAACCGCAAGAAGGUGAAGUACAGGAAGGAUGGAUACUGCUGGAAGAAGAGGAAAGACGGGAAGACCACCCGAGAGGACCACAUGAAGCUGAAAGUCCAGGGUGUGGAGUGUCUGUAUGGCUGCUACGUCCACUCCUCCAUCAUCCCCACCUUCCACCGUAGAUGCUAUUGGCUGCUGCAGAAUCCAGACAUCGUACUGGUGCACUACCUGAAUGUUCCAGCGGUAGACGACAGCGGGAAGCCGUGUGGCCCCGUCCUCUGCUCCAUCAACACUGACAGGAAGGAGUGGGCCAAGUGGAGCAAGGAGGAACUCAUCGGACAACUCAAGCCCAUGUGUGCUGGAAGCAGCCUCCACCAGAAAUGUUCCAGUGUCAAGCAGCGCAUCAUCUCCUCCAAGCAGGAGUCGGGGGCGGCAGCAGGAGGUGGCACCACGGCUGGCACGGGAGCCACAGCAGCCCAGAGAUCCGAGGAAGCAGACGGCACAGAGGUUCAGAACAGCGACGUGUCGGAGGGCCAGACCGAGCCCAGCCCGGGAGGGCGCAGGAGCAGAGCGGGUGGAGGAGACCGGAGAAACGGCCGAAUAACCAAGCCCUCCCUGCUGCCGCAGAGUAGCAUGGAGGUGUCCUCCUCUACCUCCGCCAACCAGGUGGAAGUCCCCGACACCACCCAGAGUUCCCCGCUCUCAAUCACCAGCGACAUGGCCGACAGCCCGGCACUCGCUAUCGGCGCCGGCCUGUCACAGAGCACUGCUGUGUUCAUGUCCGAGGUCACCACACUGACCGGGGAUUCGGUUUACUCAACCGGUCACACCCACCUGCUACCGUCCGCACACGAAAGCGCCGCCACCGGCAUCCUAUUGGCUGUCGCCCCUGAGAACCAGAGGUUUGCGUCGUUCCCCGGCGGGGUCGGCUUAGGAGAGGGAGCUGAGCUGGUUCUUACCAGCUCGCUAGACUCUGCUGGAGGAGUUAGCCUUCCUGAGACUGCAAUGACCUUCGACCCUGACUGCUUUCUUAAUAACCCCAAGCAGGGCCAGACCUAUGGAGGAGGUGGAGGGAAGGCCGAGGGGUGUAACGGCAACGAUGGGGGAAUCCACUGUUCAUCCAACGGAUUUGUCUACAACCCAUCCCUUGUCAACAACAUCAAGAAGGAAGCGACGCCGCUGGAGCAGCCACUAGCCCCCCAGAGUAGUUAUGUGGGCGAGGGGACAGGCCUCAGCCCCAGCACCACCCUGGAGCAAAUGGACUUCAGCGCUGUGAUGUCGUCACCCUGCGUCCCAGGUCUAACCCAGUCUUCUCACCACCCUUCGCCCAAUCUCUUCCUCCAGGCCCCCGUGCACACAAACCAGACCAAUGGCACCGAGGAGUCAGACGAGUCCCAGUCCUACAUAAAUGUGCAGAGAGACACCCCCAUGACCAACGGGGAUCUGCACCCACACCUCCGCCAAACCAGCCAAGACCCUCAGGCCCUUUGUGGACGUAGCGGAAAAGUGGGCCCUUUCCCCCUGACCGGCCAGGACACGGACGUCGACCAGUCCAGUCAAGUGGUCGGCGGCAAAGCUGCUGAGAACGGAGGACAGUUGAUGCUCAAGUCUGGAGCCGCUCAUGUCGCCUACGCGGAUGCUGAGCACUACCUUCAAGCUACAGAUGACAACGGCGGGGUGGAGGAUGGGGGAGCGGGAGGAAGCGGGGAGAACGAAAUUCUCUGUAACGGCGUGAGCUUGUCAACAGCUGGCGGCUCUGUGGUGGCCAGUCCUCAGUCGGUAGGUGCUGGCGCAAGCAUGGAGAGGGCGCUCUACAAUUCCUCUCUCCCGCCACAAGGUGGAGGCCUUUCAGCUACGGGAGCGGCCAUCAGCCUGGAAGGUUUCGAGGCUUCAUUCGGGAGUCAGUUCUCCGAUCUCAUCAACGAUUUCAUCUCAGUGGAGGGGUCUGGGGGCGGGGUGGGGGCCGCUGUCGCCGGGGUUUUGAUGCCCCAGGAGGGGGCGGUCGGCGAGGAGCAGGGCACGGGGGCAGGCCACCUGCAAGGCUCAGAAGUGGAGCAAGGAGCCCUGGGAAUACUCCAGGAGAGCGGGAGGCUGUUUGGCGUGACAGACUACUCCCCAGAGUGGUCUUACCCAGAGGGGGGCGUGAAGGUGCUGAUCACGGGGCCCUGGUUGGAGUCCAGCAGCGACUACAGCUGUUUGUUUGACCACAUCAGUGUCCCUGCUGCCCUCAUCCAGCCUGGCGUACUGCGCUGCUACUGUCCAGCCCACGACACAGGAUUGGUCAUGCUGCAGGUCGCCAUGGGCGGAGAGGUCAUCUCUUCUUCUGUGGUGUUUGAGUACAAGGCACGUGACCUUCCUGCCCUCCCAUCUUCUCAGCACGACUGGCUGUCUCUGGACGACACCCAGUUCAGGAUGUCCAUCCUGGAGCGUCUGGAGCAGAUGGAACAGAGGAUGGCCGACAUAACCAAUCAAAACCCCAGCUCAGAAACCAUGGCAACCAAAAGUGGAGGGCUGGAUGGAGGCGCAGCCGCUGAGCAGUCUCAAACCUCUGCGGACCACAGCUCCUUUGAAGGUCGAGUGGUGGUUGUGUGUGAGAAGAUGAUGUCGCAGCCAUGUUGGGUCUCGUCCAAUCAGCUGGUCCACAGUAAAAACUCCAGGGGAAUGACCUUACUCCAUCUGGCCGCAGCACAGGGCUAUGCUGGCCUCAUCCAGACUCUCAUCCGCUGGCGAACCAAGCACGCUGACAGCAUUGACCUCGAGCUGGAGGUGGACCCUCUCAACGUGGACCACUUCUCUUGCACACCACUGAUGUGGGCGUGUGCUCUGGGUCACACCGAUGCAGCGCUGGUGCUGUACCAGUGGGACCCGCGAGCGUUGGCCAUCCCCGACUCUCUGGGACGCCUGCCGCUCAAUAUCGCCAGAUCCCGGGGCCACACGCGAUUGGCUGAGCUUCUGGAGCAGCUGCAACAGAGUCCUCAGGCUCAAGGCCAGGCAGCUGAUGCGUGGAUGGACAGGUGGAGAGAAGGUUCUGAGCUCGCUAGAAUAAGCAACAGUCACUCUUCCAACGCUAACCCUGAGCUGAGGAGAACGAGGACAGAGAGCCAGUCCAACAACCAGUCCUGGACCCAGGCGGGACUCACAACCUCGCAGGCGACCCAGGGAGAGCAGACAGGUCCACCCCCGGCGAAGAGACUGAAAGCCACCCAGCAACAACUCUCUAGCUCCGCCUCCAGCAACCUCAAGUCUCGCCUCAGCCCGAGCGCUCAGCCCUCCCCUCUCCAUGCCCAACAUCCCCCCGACUGUCCUCGGCUCUCCGCCAGCGCCCCCUUCUCCCACCUGCAGGCCAGGGUAGGGGCGUCAGCAGGGGGUGCCAGGUGGAGUCUGGGGCAGCGCAGCCUCGCCAGGAGGAUUGUGGGUAAAGAUCGACUGGCGGUCCACCUGCGCCAAAGAGUUGUGAGUGACAGGGGGGAGGAGCUGCUGACCUAUCAGGAGACCAGCCAGGACUUGCAGUUGGACAUCUCCAUGCUCGCUGAUCACAUCAUGGAGACGUCCACCGGUGGACUUGAACAAGGGACUAUGGAGACUGACACCGAUUCUGGAAGGCUUGGACUCAGUAGGGAUGUCAGAUUACUGUCUGGUUAUCUGGCUGAAGUGGAAAGGUUCCUCGAUGCCAAGCCCCAGACUCCUGGCCCUAAAGCAACCUCUCACUCGGGGCCCGAGGGUGAGCAGAGUCCCCCAGCAAAGCAAGACCUGUCCUCAGCCUUUGACUGGAACUCCUCCCUCUCCACAGCUAUGAAAGGAGAACGCUUGAAAACAGGCUCCUCUUCUUUUCUGGCCAUGACGGAAGCAGAGCAGAGAGCGCUGAAUGAGACGGUCAGGAACGCUCUGCACUCCCUUCGAAAACACAAGGGUCCUAUUCAGGAACAACGCAAAGAGAUUGCAGCAGUGAUCCAGCGCUGCUACAAGAGAUACAAGCAGUAUGCACUUUAUAAGAGGAUGACCCUGGCAGCAAUCCUGAUCCAGAGUCGUUUUCGGAGUUUUCACGAACAGAGGAAGUUCCAACAGAGUCGCAGAGCAGCAGUCCUCAUCCAGCAAUAUUACCGCUCCUACAGACACUCCCUCAGAGACCUUCUAACUAAAAAGCAGAACCAGGCUGCACGCAAGAUUCUGAGGUUCCUGCUCCGAUGUCGCCACAGGGUCAGAGAGCAGAGAAGGGGUCCUGAGAGCCCGGCGCCAGGCCCCGCCCACAGCCCGCUCAGCCUGUGAGCCGUAGCCUCGCUCCUUCAUCUUCUCCAAACUUUGCUCCUUCCUGUCCCCGACAUCCUCGUCGCCGCCUCCAUGCCCUCCGUCCCGUCUUCUCCUAAGCGGGAGAAAGAAAGAGGAGGCGUCCAUCACGGCAGCUCAGACUGACCACGGCCAGCCCCCGGUCAUCUUGCUCCGCCCACAGCGACCCGGGAGGCCGUCACAUUAACCUCAUGGCAUUCUUUGCACUCUUCAUGGGUACACAGGAGACCCGGCUGGCCAAGCCCAUGCAAACAUCCAAACAAUGACCCGUCACACAACAACAACAACAACAAGUCACUUCUCUGUUGCAUUUGCAUGCAAGUUGUCCCUCCUUUUAUUUGGCUUUCAUCCCCGAGACUCUCGUGGCAACUCAUCAUCACCACCUGUCACCUGAUCAAAGGGGAGGAGUCACUUGAAUGUAGGAGGGGUUUGACUCCAUUUGUCCCUUGGCCAGCCUGGCGUGUGUGUGUGUGUGUGUGUUUGCGUGUGUGUGUGUGUGUGUGUGUGCGUGCGUGUGCGUGUGUGUGUAUGUGUGCGUGUGUGUGUGUGUGUGUGUGUGUGUGUUCCUGCAUGCUCCUGCAUGCUGGCUUUUGUGUGUUUCUUUUGUGGUGUGCCGGUGUCUCACCUUCUCCUCUCUCCUCCCGCCCUGCGUAAUGUGAACUGUGUACAAACAUUUGGGUGCUUUACUUUUCAAAGAAAAAAAAAAGGUUUAUUUAUUUAAGGGUCCGAUUAAUUAUCGAUCGGCUCAAGACUGAUUCAAGGGGAACUGCACUUUUUUGGAGGAAUUUUGCCCAUCAUUCACAAUCCUCAUGGGAGACUUUUUUUGGACGCAUUCUAACCAGUAAAUAAAUGCUCGCGAUGCUCUAUUCUGCCUAUAAAUCGCUCUAAAAAAAACCUAAUUUAAUGUUGUAUACACAUGCUGUCAUGUAAGUAUAUAUGUAUAGUAACAGGCACGUUCAUAAUAUUUACGUAUUUUGAUCAUUUUAAGCAUACGGCAGUACAUUCAUUUUAAGCAGACUUCAUGAGAGACAACAAACAUAAUAAAACAUCACUUACUGGGCGUGUCAAAAAAAAAUCAGAUUAAUCGCGAUUCUUAUUUGUAAAGAUUUUAAAAAAUCUAAAAAAAAAUGUAUUUAUUUUUUAAAAAUUUAUUUCAUCUGUCCUGUGCAGCCACUCAGACAAAUCAUAUAGUAGAUGUAGAUGAUCUAUAUCCACUGUACACAUUUACUUUACAAAAGAUACUUCUCUUGUUGUCUUAUUUGUAUUUGGCUUUAUUAAAUGUUUGGCUAGAAUCUGAUUAAACAAAACCAGUUUUCUUUUAAGUAAUAUAGAAAUUAAUCACAGCUGUUUAUCUAUUUUAUCGAGGACUGUAGUUCAUCAUAGAACUGGCCUCCAAUGUUAUUAGAACAUACUGAUUUUGAAUCGAGAACCGUUUUGGAUCGAGAAUUAAUUCUGAAUCGAAUCUUUACCCCCAAGAAUUGAAUGGAAUCAUGUGGUGCCCAAAGGUCCACACCCCAAUCACUUACUGUACAAUGUCUGCUCUCACUGGGAUAUUCCCGUUUAGAUGAAGAAUGACUCAUGAAGAAAAAAAGGGGGUAGAACCAAGCGUCUUUUCGGGUCUUUUUUUGCCAUUCCCGGCUAUACAUUGGAUGCCAAAGUUGACCAACUCGUUGGAUUAUGGUUUAUGGUUUGAGUUUAGUUAGAACGUGCACCACACCUAGUGUGUGUGUGACAAUCACUGGUACUUUAACUUUAACUUAACUUAACAUACAACAUGAUAUGUCACAAUUUCCAGUUUCUCUAUUCAACGUGUCGGAAAAGGAGUAGGAAGAAGCAGCGCUCAUUUAAUCCUAUGCCUGUUCUCAAUUUUGUUCACACUCCAUAAAUAAUAACAUUCUAAAAAAAAAAUACAUAAAUAAAUAGUGAAGUAAGUUGGAUUUAAAUAUAAAUAAAUAGGAUGAUCAGUAAAUUCAGAAUGUUUAUCAUGUAAUUCUUUGUACUUUGUGAACACUUUCAGAGUUUCUUGAAGUGGAUUAUAUUAGUACAUUGUUUGACAUAUUUAUUCCAUCAUUUAAUUCCACAUACUGAUAUACUGAAGGUUUUAAGUGUUGUACGUGGGUACAAAUGUUUUAAAUUACAACUAAGAUUAUAUUUCUCUUCUUUAGUUGAGAAAAAUUGUCUUACAUUCUUGGCUAGCAGGUUAUAGUUUGCUUUGUGCAUCAUUUUAGCUGUUUGCAAAUUCACUAUGUCGUUGACUUUCACUAUUUUUUAUUGAAUAAAUAAAGGGAUUGAAUGUUGUCUAUAUCCAACAUUAUGACCACUUUGGUAACACGGUUAGCGACUGAAGCGUACGUUCCUAGUUACAUUACCUCUAACACUACCAAGCAGUAGAGAAUAUUAAGUGAUUUUUGGUCCAAAACAUAUUUUAUCCCUUAUUGAAAUAUUUAUUGCCAACUUAUGUUGUAUAUUUUUAUUUCAAGUUCAUUUCAUCAUCAAUUUUUACACCCAAACAUUUGAUUUAAUUUAUUCUUUCAUUGCCAACUUAUGUCCUCAUCCUUCUACUAUCCAGGUGAGAGGCAUUAUUUAUAAACUUUCAAGAGCUCCGAGGCGAGAAAGCAGCUCGCCAGCCCACAAUGUCAACAUGGCAGCAUGACAGUGACUAAAACUGGUCCUGUUGUAGAUUUAGUUUUUAAGAUAACCUUAAUAAAUGUGCUUUCAAGACCACUUCAAAGAUCUUUUAUACUUUAUAUUUUAGUCGACGAAAUGUACUGUUACUGAGGUCCACUGAAAUGUUGAGAAAUGUAGUCGACUAAAACAAUCAAUUUAGAUGACUAAAAUAUGACAAACUAAAAUACAUUUUCCUCAAAAGACUGUGACUAUGAUUAAAAAGUGCUGUCGAAUUUUAACACUGUUGAGGAUAACUAAGACGAACAUUUAUAGUCAAAAGUUACCCCAGCAAGCACAAAACAUUGAAACGUUUACAAACUUAUUGAAUCAGGUCCUGACAUUGAGUAACACAAAACGUUGAAACAACAUGCUUUUUGACAACGUGUAAUCAAUGUUGAGUUCUGACGUUGAUUUUACAUUGAAAUAUGGUCAUUUCCCAACCAAUAUUCUACAACACAAAUACAACGUUGAAACAACAUGCUUUUUGACAACGUUUAUUCAAUGUCAGGUUGUGACGUUGAUUUGACAUUGAAAUGUAGUCAUUUCCCAACCAGUAUUCUACAACACAAAUACAACGUUGAAACUACAUGCUUUUUGACAACGUUUAUUCAAUGUUGAGUUUUGGCGUUGAAUUGACAUUGAAAUUUGGUCAUUUCCCAACCAAUAUUCUACAACACAAAUACAACGUUGAAACAACAUACUUUUAGACAAUGUUUAAUCAAUGUCAUGUUCUGACGUUGAUUUGACAUUGAAAUUUAGUCAUUUCCCAACCAAUAUUCUACAACACAAAUACAACGUUGAAUGAAGCAACAUGCUUUUUAACAACAUUUAAUCAAUGUCAGUUUCUGACGUUGAUUUGACCAUUGAAAUGUGGUCAUUUCCCAACCAACAACGUGAAUCUAACGUUGGGCACCAACGUUGUCUCAGUUUACAAAUACAAAUAUUUUGCAAGGUUGUCUCAAGGUCAGUUUCAGAGGGCGUGUACGUACAAUCAACGUUGUAUCAAUGUCUUGUGCCUGCUGGCUGCUGUCUGGCCACUCAAAAAUAGUUUGUCUGCGUUAGUACUCAUAAUAACAAUAUUGCUAAUAAUACUUGGCUAAUAUUCAAGUCAGGAAAUGUAAAUUAUUGUCGGCGCUUUUCGGAUGUUUUUGGAGAGACUUCUGGGCGGAGUAGGGGACCUCUGCUUGCCUCCAUUAGAAGCAGUAUUUAGUCGGAAUGCAUCACAACAAAAACAUGUCUUGUCUCUCCUGACGAUUGUGAAGGAUGGGCAAAGUUCCCAAAAAAGUGCAGUUCCCCUUUGGGCUGGAGAGCGGUCGCGCCCACCCCUCACCCCCUUGUGUGCUAAAAUAUGACAUGUUGCGGUGGUUACUCGUCUCUGUUAGUUUGUUCUUUGCGUGAACCUCGAGAUCCUAACUGUGGUUUUGAGGAGAGAGUCACAUACAGUAACAUUGCCUUGACUUCUUCCCGACUAUGAGAGGUCUCUAUGCUCGCUCUGUACAGGACAGAUCCCCAUAUUAGCCCGUGUGGGCAAUCAAAUCCAUAUUUUGGACUAUUGCAUAUUCCUGUAUAUAAACUGACGAGGUAAGGGGAUACGAGGACCCUGAAACUUUUUCAUAAGAGGACUGUAUUUAAGAUGAUAAAUUAUUUUACUCCCAUAAUGAGAACUUAAGGUAGAGACCCUGUAAAUAAUGUAGAUAUGACAAAGUCAGUCAUGUGCAUGAUAUUUAAGAAACAGCAAAAAGAAGAUGUGAGAGGAUUUGAAACGGCUUCACCUUCAGAGUAUCCAGUAUAAGUGUUACUGAAAAGAACUUUUGGUACAAGCAUGCAAAUGACGAAAACAAAAAACAAAUGUUAGAAUGAAAUAAGUGGGAAAACAAAGUUAGCAAAACAUUAUCACAUGCUUUUGUUCCUUGGCUAGCAAAAAUCCAACACCUUUUGCCAGUAGUGCCAACUAUUAGGAAUGCUGUAAAAGUUGAGGUCGGGCGGACAGAUAUCAGCACAGUAUAGUCCUUGCUCGACUGUAGUUUGACCAUGCAAGGAUCAAAACAAGGACAGAUGCUCACCACAAAGGCUUGAACAUGAGGAGAAAAAAAAGGGUGCUACGUUCUAUCAUAGCGUGGUCGUGCUUCAGCAACAUACUACCUUUAUUUCCUACAUCCUCACUGGCAAGACGCCUCCUUUUCACGCCCUUCACCCAUCACUUCGAUCUACUUUCCCCCUCAUCACUGCCAUCGUGUGCUGGAGGAUUCUGGGAAGCUCCGUUUAGGAAGUGCCUGCUCAGCAACAAAAUAUCAGGAAAUGUCUACUGUGUGUCCUCCAGAUGGUGUGUUCAGAGUGGUAGAGCUGGUCCGCACCCUCACUUAUUUGUCUGAGGUGUGAAUGGACGCAGGCGGUCUUGCGUUCUCACCACCACAAACAUGUGUGGCAGGACUUCCUGUGUCAAGUGUUCCCGUAGCAGUACCAUGAAAUAAGAAGGCGCUAGUUUUCCAGAAAACGCUCUUUUCCAUUCUCUCUCUGUCUCCCGUCUAGCUCUCUCUCUCACACACACACACACCAACACACACGCGACUGCACACAGUCCGACACGUAAGAAGGCCACAGUCUUUCUCUCUGUGCUCAUGUCUUUGGGAACAGUCCAAUCUCUCCCUUAGAUUUUACUCAGGGUCAAAGAACAGGGAGACGAUAUGUGGAGUGUCGCUAACAUGACGCUAACACGACGCUAACACGACGCUAACACAACAAUACUCCGCUCGUUUUGUCUCAUUUUGUAAGGCGGUGAAUGUGAUCUGUCGAAGCUUUAUAUUUUUGUAAGUCAUUUCUUAAGGUCGUAAACGCACAAGAGGAAUACAAAGACGUAGAAGUGCUGUCCCCGGUCAUGUGGUAAAACACCCAUCUACAAUUGGAAGAUGUGUAAAAUGUGCAUUUCCCUGAUUCCUCUAUCACGUUUACAUUGUUGACACAAACACACACACUCUUGCACUUCUGACCUUCUUGAGACCGGAGAAAAAUGCCUCCCUCUUUAGGACCACCCUUUCUAGAUAUAUAAAGAUUUGUAUUCACAACAUUAAUACUAUAUAUAUACAAACUAUGCAAAUAUAAAAAAGGUAACAUUUUAGUAAUUUUUUUUGUUGUUGAAUUUUUUGUUUGUAAUUGGUUUUUAAUCUUUAUUAUUUACUUCAAGUUAUUACAGUAUGUCUCUAUAUACAUAAUUAUUUAUUUUUUGUUUUAAUUAAUUGUGGCCAAAGGGGACGCAUUUCAAUUUUUUCACACACACUUGUUAUUACAUAUGUUGGCCAGAGGGGGAACACUUCAAAUUUUUACAAACACUUGUUAUUUUAUAUGUUGACCAGAUGGGGAGCACUUCAAAUUUUUACAAACACUUGUUAUUUCAUAUGUUGGCCAGACGGGGAGCACUUCAAAUUUUUACACACACUUUGUUAUUUCAUAUGUUGGCCAGAUGGGGAGCACUUUUAAAAGCGACACACAGUCAAUUUGAAAAAUCCCUCCUUUUUGGGACCACCCUCGUUUUGACCAGCAGGGGUGCAAAUGAGACAUUGUCUAUUAGAUGCAAUGUUAUUGGGACCAUGAUUUAUGUCAUCACUUGUUCACACCUCCUCAUAUGGAAGAUACUUUUCCUUGUCUCAAGAAGGGUAGAAAUUCAAGAACACACACACACGCACACACACACACACACACACACAAGGUGACAUUCUUGCGCUUGUCAAUUCUCAGAAGGAAUGGCGAACACGGAGACGGGGUGAUCUUGUGUAGAAAUGAGGUUGCUGGUAAACAUGGGAAAUGAACAGUAUGACCUUACAGGUGUUCACCCUAGAAGGGGGCGUGGCCAAAAGCAGGACAUUGCAUGCUGGAAUGGUAGACCCUUCUAGAUAACCUCUGACCUCUCCACUCCUCCGUCUUCCCUCGGUCUCACCUCCACCCUGCCUGCUGUCGUCUUCUCCAUCCUUCUCCAUCAUUCCUCUUCUUUUCUUCUUUGACUUCCUAAGUUCUUUUUUUGUUUGCAUGCACAAGCAUCACACAACUGUUGAUGUUUUGAAGACAAUAUUUUUGUUGCUGAGGCCAUGCAAAGUGUUUUGAAUAUUGCCCUUAUAUGUGGAAAAUGUCCUCUGAAUGCUUUACAUAAUUUCUGCUGUAAAAUGAAAUCAGAAUAAAAAGAAAAUUUGCACUUUAA